UUUUCUUCCCUUUCCUCCUCCGGUCUAUGUCCAAGCUAGAUUAAAAACGGAUCUUUCCUUUCUUUUCUCGAAAAAGAAAAUUCAAAUUAAUUAUCUCAUCAAUCAAACAUAUGCUUGCAAUGGAGAAUAUUGAGAAUAUUGGCGAUGAGUACAAAAAUUAUUGGGAGACAAAAUAUUUCCUUGAAAACGAAGAAUACAGCAGUUGGGCGAUUGAUGAAUUCUCCGGCUACUACGAUUCGAGUUCUCCAGAUGGAGCAGCCUCCUCCGCCGCCCCCAAGAACAUCGUUUCCGAGAGAAACAGAAGGAAAAAGCUUAACGAACGCCUCUUUGCUCUCAGAGCUGUUGUUCCAAAUAUCAGCAAAAUGGACAAGGCUUCAAUUAUCAAGGACGCCAUUGAUUACAUCCAGGAACUGCACGAUCAGGAGAGCAGAAUCCAGGCGGAGAUCAUGGAGUUGGAGUCUGGAGAACUGAUGAAAAAUCCAGGGUUCGGGCAUGACCAAGAGCUACCGGUGUUGAGAUCCAAGAAGACAAAGCUCGACAACAUUUUUGAUUAUGGAGGAUCAACAACUUCCCCUAUUGAAGUUCUUGAACUGAAAGUGACACACAUGGGAGAGAAGACGAUGGUGGUGAGCAUAACAUGCAGCAAAAGGACAGACACGAUGGUCAAAUUGUGUGAGGUUUUUGAAUCUUUGAAGCUCAAAAUCAUCACAGCGAACAUCACUGCGGUCUCCGGUAGGCUGUUGAAAACCGUGUUUAUUGAGGCGGAUGAAAGGGAGAAGGAUGAGCUAAAGGUGCAGAUUGAAACAGCCAUUGCAGCUCUGAACGAUCCGCAGAGUCCCAUGAGCAUGUAGCGAUGCUACUUUUCAUCUUCGUAGAGUAUUUAGUUUUCGGCAGUCUUUUAAGGUAAGUUUGGUGAGUCCAUGUGUCCUUGUAAAAUAAGUGUCUCUCCAAUGCUCUUUGUUUGAAUUUCAAUGGAAUAAUACUUCUCUCUUUUCCAAA